CACAUGUCUACACGUGUUCUAAAAUAGCACUGGACGUACAAUGCUGUAUUUGAUAGGUCUAGGAUUGCAUGAUCCGUCAGAUGUCACAGUAAAAGGUCUACAGAUCAUCAAGACAGCAAGCAGAGUCUUCUUGGAAGCUUACACCUCAAUUCUUGGUGUAGGAAAAGAUGAACUGGAGAAGUUCUAUGGACGUGAGGUUAUGUUAGCUGACAGGGAUUUGGUGGAACAAAAUAGUGUCAAUCUGGUCGUUCAUCUGUGGUCGUUCACAGAUGAGAUUCUUCGUGAUGCUAUUGACAAUGAUAUAGCUUUCCUUGUUGUUGGAGAUCCUCUGGGGGCAACCACUCACUCUGACCUAAUUGUACGAGCCUACGAAAUGGGUAUCAAAUUUGAAGUGAUCCACAACGCUUCAAUAAUGAAUGCUGUUAGCUGCUGUGGACUUCAGCUCUACAGGUUUGGUGAAACAGUGUCUAUUCCAUUCUGGACAGAAGGCUGGAAACCAGAUAGUUUUAUCGAUAAAAUUGAACUUAAUUUGGAACGAGGGCUACAUUCACUGUGCCUGCUAGAUAUCAAAGUAAAGGAACAGUCCAUUAAGAACUUGAUGAAAGGGAACAAGAUUUUCGAGCCCCCUCGCUUUAUGUCUGUCGUGCAAGCAUCUUCACAGUUGUUAGAAGCCCUUCAAAACAGACAAAUCAAAGGUAUAUCCCCCAAAACAGUGUGUGUUGGUCUGGCUAGAAUUGGAUCGCCCUCUCAGCAGUUGGUUGUGGAUACUCUGGAGAAUAUGUCCAAAGUAGACUUAGGCAAGCCUCUUCAUUCUCUUGUUAUUGUUGGUGAGGUGCAUCCUUUAGAACAGACAAUGCUAAAUAUAGUAUGUAAAACGGAGACAAAAUAGAGUCCAUUGCCUGUACUCCAUGGAAAUAUUAUAAUUUUGAUUUUGUUAUCGUUAUUCCUAUCAUACCUAUUUUUCUGGUGUUGUAUACCUCUAUAGUGUC